AUGCGGCAUCGGUACGCGGGAGCUGUCCAUCAGCACCAAAUCCCCGACGAAAAGCAAGCAAGCAACAAGCCGAGCCCAGACCCACUCGCUCCUGUUUUCAACCUGCCGCCCCCGCCCUCUUCUCACCACCGAGAUCGUACUUCGACCACCGCCGUUCAUCGCCAGAGCCUCCAGGAGCUCCCCUGUCUGAGCCAGCCCUCCGGGAGACCUGUGCACAGCGGCGACCCUCUACCUCUGACGAGCUACGACACCGCCCAGCGACCUUCACACCGAACCAUUGAACCCAGCACCGGGCAGCCGGCGCACCUGCAGCAGGAUCCCUGGGCCCCGGCCGGCUCUGAGCAGCAGCAGCCGCCGCCGCAGUCGGAGAAGCAGCCUGUUUUUCCCAGCUGCCACUGCAGUUUUUCCGAGCAGGAGGCGAGCCUUUCACAAAAUCAUCACCAUCCAGCCGAUCCUCUCCCACCGCAGCCCUCCCCACCUUUUCCGCCGCCUAAACUACCACCGCCACCUAAACUACCACCGCCACCAACGUCGUCGUCCUCCUCCUUUUCCCGGGAAUCUAAAAGGGGGGAUCGUAUCCAAAGGAGUGCCAAUAAUUACCAACAGGCAAGCAUCGUGGAACGCUGCAGGGGAGGAGGAGGAGCAGGAGGGCACCGAGACCACAGGCAGUUGUUGCAGCAACAGCAGCAGCAGCAGCAACAGUAUCAACAGCACAGUCAUUUAAGACUCCAACAGAGGGACCCCUCCCCUGAAGGAAGCCGUGCAAACUCGCAGAAAGGGCGCUCUUUAAAUGUAUGUGAGUCAACCGAGGCUAACAAGAGAGCAUUCGAGUCUCAGACUCCGGACCUGCAGCAGCAACAGAUCCCACAAUUACGAGCGCAGCAACAGCUACUGGUGGGGAGCAGCUUGCCUAUCAACUACUGCGCCAGCGGCUCAGGAGAGCUAUGUAGGACUCACCAGGCUCCACUGCUGCAACAGCAAGAGCAGCAAGAGCAGCAGCAGCAGCAGCAGCAGCGGCAGCAAGGCGCACUGGGGCUCUGUCCCCAGCGUCCGCAGCACUGUGAACAAGACCGCAAUAAGUCUGGGAGGAUCACCGCGCCAGGCGACCAGGCGCAGCUUCACAGCCGCGACUCCCGCGUCACCCCCCCGGUAACACAACAGGCGUACGCGGGGAACUCGUCUGCGACUGGCAGCAACAGCAGCAAAGACAGCCCCAACUACGGCUCGAGCUAUCACCUGUGGCCCGAGAGUCCGCAUAAAGGAGAGGAGCGGAUCAGCAUCGACCUCCAUAAGGCCACUACUGAGCAGAAGAAGCUGAGCCAUGCUGGAUCCAAGCCCUCCCUCUCAGAGAGCAGCGGCCGACUCCCUCAGAUAGCCAUGAACACCUGCAAGUACAAUGGCGGAGUGGUGAGACCACUAGUGGGCAGCCUGGCGUCCUCGUCGCGCCGCAACCUCGCGGAGCUCGACUCGGAGACGCAGCCCUUGCAGACACUGCACAGCUCUGGCCUGGAGGUGGUGGUGUCCAAGGGCAACGGCGGCGAAGACCCCAGCAAGGCGUCCAACGAGAGCCUGGUCAGGGAGGGCAGCGUGCGCGCCGGAUGCAGGGCAACACAGAAGAAGAACAGGGACAUCGGAUACAGGCUCGGACACCGGAGGGCGCUGUUUGAGAAGCGGAAGCGGCUCAGCGACUACGCACUCAUCUUCGGGAUGUUUGGGAUUGUCGUCAUGGUGACGGAGACGGAGCUGUCAUGGGGGGUUUACACUAAGGAAUCUUCAUACUCAUUUGCACUGAAAUGCCUUAUCAGCCUUUCCACUGUUAUAUUGCUUGGUCUUAUAAUAAUGUACCAUGCCCGGGAAAUCCAGCUGUUUAUGGUCGACAAUGGUGCGGACGAUUGGAGGAUAGCCAUGACGUAUGAGCGGAUAUUCUUCAUCGUGCUGGAGCUGCUGGUGUGUGCCAUCCAUCCCAUCCCGGGCCAUUACGUCUUCACCUGGAAGGCGCGGCUGGCCUUCACCUACACGCCGUCGGAGGCCGAUGCUGACGUGGACAUCAUCCUCUCCAUCCCCAUGUUCCUGAGACUCUACCUGAUAGGCAGGGUCAUGUUGCUCCACAGCAAACUGUUCACGGACGCUUCGUCUCGCAGCAUCGGCGCUCUCAACAAGAUCAACUUCAACACACGCUUCGUCAUGAAGACCCUCAUGACCAUCUGUCCGGGAACUGUUCUGCUGGUGUUCAGUAUAUCCUCCUGGAUCAUUGCGGCAUGGACUGUGCGCGUCUGUGAGAGGUAUCAUGACAAACAGGAAGUGACCAGUAACUUCCUGGGAGCCAUGUGGCUCAUCUCGAUUACCUUCCUCUCCAUCGGCUACGGUGACAUGGUACCACACACGUACUGUGGGAAAGGCGUGUGUCUGCUUACAGGGAUUAUGGGAGCUGGUUGCACUGCACUGGUGGUUGCCGUGGUAGCCAGGAAGCUGGAGCUGACCAAGGCUGAGAAACACGUCCACAACUUCAUGAUGGACACACAACUCUGCAAACGAGUAAAGAACACAGCUGCCAAUGUACUCAGGGAAACAUGGCUCAUCUACAAACACACUAAGUUGGUCAAGAAGAUAGAUCAUGCCAAGGUGCGGAAACACCAGCGCAAGUUUCUCCAAGCCAUUCACCAAGCUCAGAAACUGCGCAGUGUGAAGAUGGAGCAACGGAAACUCAAUGAUCAGGCCAACACCUUGGUGGACCUCGCAAAGACCCAGAAUGUGAUGUAUGACCUGGUGUCAGAGCUGCAGGAGCGCAGUGAGGAGCUGGACAAGCGCAUCGGCACGUUGGAGGACAAGCUGGACUCGGUGACGGGCAGCCUGCAGGCUCUGCCCUGCCUCAUCUCCCAAGCCAUAACCCAGCAGCAGCAGGAAUUCCUGGACGGCUUUGUUCACCGCUUUCGGCCCGCCUCACUAGCCUCUGAGCGCUCUGAACGCUCUGAGCGGUCGUGGACUUCCACCGCCCGCAGGCGGCGCUCUCCCUCCACAGCACCACACACAUCCUCUGAUAGCGGAUAACCUUGACCAACCCGACGGGCCUCACCUUUCCCAAACCAUCUCGCCACCUCACUCCUAUCCAAAGCUGCCCAUGUAACCGCUGGCGAGUCCACGUCUGGACUGAUAAUGAACCCAUAUCUUGACCUCUGACCUGAUCCUUGCCCUUAUUCUCUCCCUCCCAUCCAUCUUCUCUCCCCUUCCCCCCCACAUCACAUCCAAAUACCAAUUCCUCUGUGACUGGGCGACUCAGCACAGGACAGGAUCAGAGCUACUCCAAAAGAAUAAAGAAAAAGCAAACAAAGACUUCAAUCGAGAAAAAACACAAAUGCAUAAAAAAAAAGAAAAAGAGAAAGGGAAAAAAAUGAAAAAUGACUGAAAAACCGAGAUAAAGUAGAGAUAUGGUUUAUGUUUUAGCCAUUGUAUGGCUGUUCAAGUUAGCUUUUUUGUAAAAGCCCUUGUAUAGUUAAAAAAUGAAUGAGUUCAGGGUCGCUGGGGUGAGAGCUGGCUAUCACACCGGAGAGUCCUUAACCACGAGGGGGGAAGUUGGUCUGUGGAGACGAGAGCCUCGGCUCACCUGCUGGCCCUCUGAGGCCAUGGAGGACAUCCGUCCACCCAUCCGUCCGUCUAUCUGUUUGUCCUGUGACAAACCAUUGGAUUUCCCUUUCAAAAGACUAGUGUCAUGGAUUCUUUCCCAUAUGUAGGGUGAAAGCUUUAGAUAAGGCUUCGAAAGCUCUGGCUUCAGGUCAGUGUUUGAAAAUGCACUUAAGGGGGAGGGGAAACUGUCACACAAACAAAGAGCAAAGGGGAUGCAUAUGGCAUUACUACUGGGUAGGAAAAUGUACACAGUUGCCAACUUCAAGGUUUCAGCUUCCUUGUUCUUACCAAGGGAAAAUGAGAGCGACUAUCUUUUUUAGUUACAUAUUGACAUGUGAUUUUUCAGUGCCUGAAUGUAUAAAUAGUAGAGGGUUAUUUAAUUACUAAUUUCAGAGCUUUUUUACGAUGUUAACAGUCUGAAUACAGCAUUGCAUUCCUUUUUCAGAUACAUUCCUCCAAAAAUUUAAAGAAAAUGUCUUAAUGUAAUGCAUAACAUUGCCUCCAUUACACAGCAACUCUAAAUG